UCGAGCAGACUAUAGCGAGACACCUAACUGGCAGUCAGUGGCUCCCGGGGCCCUGCGUCGUCAGUCUCGUCGGGGUAGUUUCGUGCAACCUCUUCGUGGGUCUCUCCUCCUCCUCCUCUCUCUUUCUCUCUCUCUUCCCCUGUCUUUCUCUCUCUCUCUCUCUCUCUCUCUCUUUCUCUGACUCUUUCCCUCUCUCCCGGUGCCUCCCCUUUCUUUCUCUCUUUUCGUAAACCGACCUCGCUUCCCCUGGGCCUGACUUCCUCUCUUCCGCGAUCUUUUUACCUUUCUUGUCUGUUUUCUAUCAGAAUGAUUGUUUCUUUUGCUCGCCCUUGCCGCUGUCUGUUGUCGGGCGAAGCGUUCGUGUUUCGUGGAUGUCGACAGUGAAUUUCUCUUUGCUCGCGCCUUCAGUGAGUGAGAUAGGAACGUAAUCGCGCGUUCCAGUGUCGCGUGAUUUCGGACUCGCGCGAAUGGACCGAUCUCGGAGCCAGCUGUUUUGAUAAGAGCGAAAGGAGUCCAGCCGUCAAGCAUCAGGAAUAUCGUCAAGUUCUACGUCGCAUGUUGAUCGUAUCGUAUCGAUCACGUUCUUGUCUGGCAAUCGCGAGGAACCGCUCGCUAAACUCGCGAGAUAAGCCGAACGGGUGUGGUAUCGCGAAAGAGAGAGGGAGAGAGAGAAAGAGAGAGAGAGAGAGGGAAACCGCGUGGUAAUUCGAGAAAACGGAAGAGUGUGGAAGAGUCACUCGACAAUAACCAGGAAAGAAUCACGAAAGUGCCGGUGUGUGAAUCGAGAGUGAACGGUUUUCGACAUAGUGGCAGAAGUGCCAUAGUUGAAACGCCGCGACGAAGCCGCGACGAACCUCCACGUUACCGGAGCAUUAAACCGCACCCGAUUGAAACGUUUCGUCUUGUGUUCGAGAUUGUUAAAAUUCUUGUCGCGUCUAUACUCUCCAUUUUCAACGAGAUAACAAUGUGAAUUCCGCGAUAUACAGAUAUUGAUGCGCCCUGACAGCUAAAUAAUUCUCUGAAGAAGGUUUUCCGUUCGCGCGAGAGAGGAUUCAAUUUGAGAUAAGUCGAGGACGAGCUGAUUACGUUCACACACACACACACACACACACACAUAUAUAUAUAGAUAUAUAUAUUUCCCGUAUCUGAAGCGAUUUGAUCCUCGGUGGAUUUGAGUAACGUUGUUCCGUAAAGAGGCGGGAGGGGAUCGAAAGGAAGUGAACGCCGUCGAAGUUUCGCGAAUUUAAAGGGUACGGCCGAUACGAAAGGCUUCAAGAUUGCUCGAAAACCGUCGCGCGACGUGCGCAGGAGUGGCAGAGCUGCGGAAAUAGGGGGUGCCGGCGUAAUGCAGCGGGUGGGCGCAGCCGGGGGGCCCGGGCCCAUCGGCUUCCAGGGCCCUCCGAGAUCACUGAAAAUCUCACCGGUCAACAUACAGGAUCAGCCCACCGAUCCCACGCAGAAAGGCAGAAGUUCGCUCUGCGUCGGCUGCGGCGGUCGAAUCCACGAUCAGUGGAUUCUGAGGGUAGCACCUAAUCUGGAAUGGCACGCGGCAUGUUUGAAAUGUGCUGAAUGUCAACAGUUUCUGGAUGAAAAGUGCACCUGUUUCGUACGAGAUGGCAAGACCUACUGCAAGGGCGAUUAUGUUAGGUUAUUCGGCACGAAAUGCGACAAGUGUAGCCAAUGUUUUAGCAAAAAUGAUUACGUGAUGAGAGCGAAGACCAAGAUCUAUCACGUGGAGUGCUUUCGGUGUUGCGCCUGCAUGAGGCGGCUCGAGACCGGCGACGAGUUCGCUCUGAGACAGGAUGGCCUCUUCUGCCGACACGAUCACGACGUCCUCGAAGGCGGGAAGCAUUGCACCGGAGCUGCCGGUAUACCCGGAAGCGAGAACAAUAACAAUGCUUCUCUGACGAACAACAAUCAUCAUCUGCACCCAAACGACGGCUCGAUGUCAGAUUCCGGAUCGGAGAGCGGAUCGCAUAAGGCAGGUGUCGGCGGUGUCCGCGGUUCGGGUGGCCACAAGAGCGGCGGCGGAUCCGACGGCAAACCGACGCGGGUGCGCACUGUUCUCAACGAGAAGCAGCUGCACACCCUCAGAACCUGCUACGCCGCGAAUCCGCGCCCGGACGCUCUCAUGAAGGAGCAGCUCGUCGAGAUGACCGGACUGAGUCCGCGCGUCAUCAGGGUAUGGUUCCAGAACAAAAGAUGCAAGGACAAGAAGAAGACGAUCGCUCUGAAGCAGCAGAUGCAGGAGAAGCACUUUUUAUUUCAGGACGGGCGUAAGUUGGGUUUCGGCGGCAUGCAUGGCAUUCCCAUGGUUGCCAGCAGCCCCGUGAGACACGAAAGCCCCAUCGGCAUGACGCCGCUCGAGGUACAGGCUUAUCAGCCGCCGUGGAAGGCGCUCUCGGAGUUUGCCCUUCAUACGGACUUGGAGCGACUGGAUCCCAACGCGCCGUCUUUCCAUCAUUUGGUGUCCCAGAUGCACGGCUACGACUUGCACGGGGGCCCGCCGCCACAAUUGCCGCCUCCGGGGAUGCUCGGGGGACCGAUGAGCGACAGCGGGGGUGGACCGUUACCGCCACCGGGGCCUCAUCAUCCGGGCGGCGGCGGACCGGAUAUGGGCCAGCAUCCCGACAGCACCGACAGCUUCGUGACGUAUGUCGAGAGUGACAGUGACUCGUUUCACCAUGAUACGGGAAGUCCAUAGUGUCGUGCGCGUCACGGAUGCAAAGCAACAACAACAACAAUCCCGCCGUCCUUCGCCUUCGUAGCGACUCUCGUCGUGAUGCUCGCUGUAACAGCGAGAUGCUUGCAACGGCGGCAGAUCUGAUAGAAUCGGAAAUGCUCUCGACACGCAGACUUACGGCGACGAAUUUCAGAUACCAAAGGACUCCUUCGUGUCUCUUGUCGAUUCUUCGACGAUAAUCAAAUAGGCUCGGGACGGGACGGGACACGAAUACGGAGAGAAAGAGGAUUCGCGAAAACGACACGAUUCGGAUACAUAUUCGGGAAUGAGCGCGGGAAGAGGGAGGGAGGAAGUAUCGUUAUUUAAGACGUUAUUUCGCCGCGCGAAUUGACAUUUAUACGCACACAAUUAAUAUCUUCUUUUCAAUUGUAACAAUUUCAAUAUGACGGGAAAAAUCAAUUAUCUCAACAAACAUCUGAACGUAAAGAACAUCCUCAUACAAGUUUAUUUGUUCUCGUAAAUCAUCGAUUGUCAGAUUAACUGUUACGUUAUUUUGAUUUUCGUCAUUUUUUUACAACGCAUUACACCUACCAUUUAUAUGCAUUAUAUAAAUAACAUAAAAGUCGCCGCGAUAUUCCUGAAAUUGCAGCAUUAAUUUUGCCGAAUACUUGAAAACGAUUUUAGGCACAUGUCGUUAUCUGCUGUACAUAAGAAAAGAGAAAUGAGAUCCCGAUGGAAUAAUAUCUUGUACAUAGUUGCUAAUUGCUGUAAAUCUAAGCAAUGUUAAACCAUGAUGUACUCAGGCGCAAGUUGUAGCGUAGAAUAUGAAUAGUGGAAUAUAUAUAUAUAUAUAUAUAUAUAUAUAUAU